AUGGGCAAUUUCGAGGGCGAAAAUCUAAAGGAACAGGUGGAUUCGCUCGGCUCGUCUCUGACCGGAGAAGUACCUAUUGAUGAUGCUAUUCGCGAAUUCUUGCCCGAGGGUACAACGAUACUCAGUGGCCAUCGCUUCGGACAGUCCACUUGGUCCAUUACGGCAAAGAUCAAUACCCUUGAUAAGAAUGGGAAACAUACGCCAUUCUUUCUUAAGUAUGUGCCCGGUGACAUAGGUCGGCGGCAACUCGAAGGCGAGUUCGUCGGGAUGCGGGAACUCUACAAGGCUGCGCCCAGCUUUGUUCCGCGGCCGAUUGGUUGGGGAAAGCUUCGUAGCGUUUCGCCGCUGAGCCACUUUCUGCUGGUGGAGUUCAAGGAGUUCACUCCGGGCCUACCAGAUCCGGCCAAGCUGGGCGCCCGUGUAGCAGCGCUGCACCGCAAUAGCUCAUCUCCGACGGGAAAAUUCGGAUUCCCGAUUCAGACCUUUGAUGGCGCUCGUAUCCAGGCUAUUGACUGGGACCCGAGCUGGACUUUGUUCUUCUCGAAGCUACUGGCAGAGGCAUAUCGUCAGGAUACAGAGACUAAUGGUCUUUGGCCCGAGCUGGAUACUUUGUACCGUCGUGUGCAGUCACAUCUUAUUCCCCGCCUGAUCGGAGCACUCGAGGCUGACGGCCGUCGCGUCGACCCAGUCCUGAUCCACGGCGACAUGUGGGACGGUAAUAUUGGUACCGAAGCUUCCACCGGUGACCCAUGGAUCUUCGAUUGUGCGGCCUACUAUGCGCAUAAUGAGAUGGAACUGGGAAUCUGGCGCGCUGAGCGUCAUCAGCUGCGUGCCGAAGUCUACCGCCGCGAAUACCUGCGCCAUUUUGAGGCGAGCGAACCUAAAGAGGAGUGGGACGACCGGAAUCGGUUGUACAGUGCAAAGACCAACUUUAUGCAUUCGGCAUGUUUCAAGGGCUCUAGAGCCAGACAGCUUGCCUUUGACGACUUUACGUACUUGACCGAGAAGUAUGUCCCUAUCCGAGAUGAUGAUGAGGACUUCACUACGACAGGCGGGACUGUGAAGGAAGUAGGAGACAUUGCAACAAGCCUCGGCACUUCAGAAAUUCAGGUAGUCCCUGAGUAG